CUGGGAAACAAAAAACUGAGUGAUAUUUUGUUUCAUUGGUUUGUCGAGUUGUCGUCCAUUUUUUUCCGUUUAGGUGACUCGUCAUUCGCUUUACAUUACGGUGAUAUGACCGACUCAUCUUGUCUAAUUAAACUCAUCACAAAGAUUCAGCCAACAGAAGUGUAUCAUCUUGCUGCACAAUCUCACGUAAAGGUAUCGUUUGAUCUGCCAGAAUAUACCGCUGAAGUGGACGCAGUUGGCACAUUGAGAUUACUUGAUGCCAUCCAUGCCUGUGGUUUGACUGAAAAGGUUCGCUUCUACCAAGCAUCAACUUCCGAGUUGUACGGGAAAGUUCAAGAAAUUCCUCAGAAAGAGUCAACGCCGUUCUACCCUCCGGUCGCUAAGAUGUAUGCUUAUUGGAUCGUUAUCAACUACCGAGAAGCUUACAACAUGUUCGCUUGUAAUGGUAUCCUUUUCAAUCACGAGAGCCCCAGAAGAGGUUAG